AUUAACUGUGUGUUUGUGAGAGGCGUUCCCAUUUGACCGCGCACGCCACGCCCACCUCACCUACUAGUUCCUCCGCUGUUUGGCAUCCCAGAGAUGGUCCAAAGUGAUUCCUCCAGGGGGAACGAGGUUGUUUGGAAGCCCCGUAAUGUGACUGCGCGAUUCAUUCAGAAGAGUUUUUAGAAGUGGCGCAAAAGGAGCGGCGUGUUUUCCCUCGCUGUGGACUGUUUGUUGCGUUUUUGUCACCUUGAUCCGGGGGACUUGGCUCAUCCUCUCAUCUCGCUCUCAUCUCGCUCUCAUCUCGCGCUCAUCAGCUUCAUCUUCGCCCUGUGCCGUUUUCCUGCCUCGCCUCUUGGAGCUGCUGACAUGACGCGCGGUUCACCCUGACGCCGUCGGCUCCUUCCACAUGUCGCGUCUUUUUUUUUGUUUACUUUGAGCAACACGCAGCACAACGACGCGCCGCACGGCAACUUCAAGUGAAAUAGACCACAGCACUUUGCUCUUGUGACAGCGCGAUCAAACAGAGGAAGAGGAGGAAGAGGAAGGAGGCAGGGAACGAGCAAAGGAAAGGAGGAGAGAGAGUGAGGCUGUGCGAAGGUGCGUUUUGAUGUUUGGCAUCCACGACAGCAUCCAGAGGAGUGGGAGUAGUAUGAAAGAAGAGCCCAUGGUGGCCGGGAUGAACGCGGUUCGGACAUGGAUGCAGGGCGCCGGGGUGCUGGACGCCAACACGGCCGCUCAGAGCGGCGUGGGUCUGGCGCGCGCACACUUCGAGAAGCAGCCUCCCUCGAACCUGCGCAAGUCCAACUUCUUCCACUUCGUCCUGGCGCUGUACGACAGACAGGGGCAGCCCGUGGAGAUCGAGAGGACGACGUUUGUGGACUUUGUCGAGAAGGAAAAGGAAACGACAGGGGAAAAGACCAACAAUGGGAUCCAUUAUAGGCUGCAGCUCCUCUACAGUAACGGGAUCAGGACGGAGCAGGACUUGUAUGUUCGUCUCAUUGACUCCAUGACUAAACAGGCGAUCGUGUACGAGGGGCAAGAUAAAAACCCGGAGAUGUGCCGCGUCCUGCUGACCCACGAGAUCAUGUGCAGUCGAUGCUGUGAUAAGAAAAGCUGUGGGAACAGAAACGAGACCCCGUCAGACCCUGUCAUCAUCGACAGGUUCUUCCUCAAGUUCUUUCUCAAGUGUAACCAGAACUGCCUGAAGAACGCAGGGAACCCUCGAGACAUGAGGCGUUUUCAGGUGGUUGUGUCGACUACGGUCAGCGUGGAAGGUCACGUCCUGGCCGUGUCCGACAACAUGUUCGUGCACAACAACUCCAAACACGGGCGCAGGGCUCGGAGACUGGACCCCUCCGAAGGCACGCCCUCGUACCUCGAACACGCAACCCCCAGCAUUAAAGCCAUCAGCCCCAGUGAAGGCUGGACCACCGGGGGCGCCACGGUCAUCAUCAUCGGGGACAACUUCUUCGACGGCCUUCAAGUCAUCUUCGGAACCAUGCUGGUCUGGAGUGAGUUGAUCACUCCUCACGCCAUCCGUGUGCAGACUCCGCCCCGUCACAUCCCGGGGGUGGUGGAGGUCACGCUGUCCUACAAAUCCAAACAGUUCUGCAAAGGCACACCUGGACGCUUCAUCUACACAGCGCUGAACGAGCCCACCAUAGACUACGGCUUCCAGAGGUUACAGAAGGUCAUCCCCAGACACCCGGGAGACCAGGAGAGAUUACCCAAGGAGGUGAUUUUGAAGCGAGCGGCCGAUCUCGUAGAAGCCUUGUACGGAAUGCCUCACAACAACCAGGAGAUGAUUUUGAAACGAGCAGCAGACAUCGCGGAGGCCCUCUACACGACGGUCCCGCGGGGGCACAACCAGCUCACAGGUCUGGGCAGCGGGUCGGUGCACGCGGGCAUGAUGGUCAACUCCUUCACCGGGUCAGAAGUGGCGCAGACGGCCAACCAAGGUUUCAGUAGGAGUACAAGCAGUGUGUCCCCCCACGGUUAUGUCCCCAGCACCACUCCACAGCAGAGUAGCUACAGCUCUGUCUCCACUAGCAUGAAUGGCUACGCUAACUCUGGCAUGGCAACACUGGGCACCUCGCCCAACUUCCUCAAUGGAUCAGCAGGCAACUCGCCCUAUGCUAUUGUCCCAUCUAGCCCCACCAUGGCGUCGUCCACCAGCCUGCCUUCAAACUGCAGCAGCUCCUCCGGGAUCUUCUCCUUCUCCCCGGCAAACAUGGUGUCCGCCGCGGUCAAGCAGAAGAGCGCGUUCGCCCCCGUCGUCCGACCCCAAAACUCCCCUCCGCCCACGUGCACCAGCGCCAACGGCAACGGCCUGCAAGAUCAGUCUUUUGUGGACUCUAGCAAGUACUCCUCAGCCAGCUCUCUGCAGGGCCUGGCCUUCUCCUGAACGAUUCCAGGGAUGAUCGUCCCGCCCAUGUAGAAGAUCCGGGAUUUGGGAAUGCUGAAAGGAAAAACUGACGUGGUGACGGAGCCUGGCCAGUCAAAUGUUCGCACCCGGAGAAAGCGUCCAACAAACUCAAACUCAGGCUUUUGCAUUUGGGAUUUCUGGGAUUUUACGGAGUGGGAAAGUCUCUCCAGGACAAAACGGUCUUACUUUGAUUUAGCGUAGCUGUCCGACGCCGUGCGAAGGGGCGCGGAGAACCCGAGACUGACACUGACCUCAUCGAAAAGAGCAUUUAUUUAUCUGUUAUUGUUUCAAAUGUCGGCUUUGGGUUUGAUUAACCAGAGGCCCCGCACCGUCUCACCAUCCCGAGCUCACACAAACAACGGGAGGAGUUUGAAAAUGAAGUUUACGUAACGUUUGACAGCGCAAGUCCGAGCCGAAACCGCAGAACAACACGGGGGCCGAGUGGAAUCGAGGUCAACAAAAACACAAAGGAUCAAAUCAAAACGUCCAAGUCCAAGCUGCUAGUCUCCCUCACCAUUCCCUCCCCAUUUCAACAUCAGGCCUUUGUUAUGUCGUUAGGGCUGCUCUGGCUUUGGCUUUGUUUGUUCGUUUUUUGACUUUUAAUAAAAAACUGUGAGGAUUGAGCUGUUUGCAAUAUGCUUUUCUGCUUGUCAUUUCAAAUUAGCCAAAUGUAUCUUUUGUUUUUUUGGUUUUGUUUUUAAGAGAUUUUAGAAAAAAGACUUGAAAAAGCCCAGAGGAUGUGUGCGUCCAGCCAGCACUGUAGUGAAAACAGUCUAGCAAAUAUCAAAUUAGAAUAAAAGUGUCAUAUAUGUGAUAUAUUUUUGUACAUAAAAAUCUUUUGGGUUUUCUUUCUUUUUUUGCAAUAGCUCUAGUUUGAAAUGUAAAACGUCUUAAGGCAGCUUCUCAGUACGGACGGUAGAUUUACUGUGUGUUGUCAUAUCUCAUAUCCGCGAAACGUUUGGAUACAAAGGGUUUUUUCUGUACAAUAUGAUAUAAAUAGUGUAUUUAUGCUUGUAUUUGUAAAUGGCCCCUCACUCCCGUUUUGUGUCGUGUGAAGUGGACACAGGUCGUCGUGUUUUGCGUUCCAUCACCGUCUAUUUAAAUGUGACUUUUUUUUUUUUUUUUUUACCAUUUUAUAUGUUCCACGCUUCCAUUUUGUUCCACUCAAAAAGCCAUUUUUUUUGUCUAUUUUUGUAUGAUUUGUAAGUUAACAGACCCUUUUUCGGUUUUGUGUUCUUUUACCAAAUGUUUCUCGUAUGGCAAAAAGUAGCAUCUUACUCAGAGUAUUUGGUUGAAGUAGUUUUUUUAAUGAAUAUAUACACACAUUAAUAUAUAUUGUAAAGUUAUAUCUUUUUGGUUUGAGGCUUUGAUGAUGAUAAUAUGCAUGGGUUCUUCUCCUCCUGAGUGACUUCUUCUUCUUCUUUUUUUUGUUUUCGUGUGCAAACCAAGAGACUUACGCAAACGCAAUGUUACUUUUUCCCUUUUCCGUUGCUUCCAUCUGUCCCGUUGUUUCUUUUCCGUGUUAUUUAUGCCUGCUAACAUGCUGUAUCUAUAUAUUUCUGUUUCAUUUCUGUCACUGUAAUCUGUACCAGCAGUCUAGAUGCCUUAACAAUGCAAAACCCAUUCUUUCACUCACUCAUCAUGUGUACAGCUUUUUCUACCCGUCACCACAAUUGUCUAAAGGAAUUCAUGGGAACCUUUGAGGGGGACAAGCACAAAAAAAAAAGAAGCCAACUCUCCGCUCCGUUUGGUGGUUUUUCGCAAAGCCACACCAAGAAUACAAAGACGCGCCGAUGGCUCCGGAGGACGAGUCUACGCCGUGUCUCGCAGUUUUGCAGCCAUUAUGUCAUUUUUAAAGUUUUAUUUU